UUUAUUGGUUGCCAUGGUAACACUAUGUCAAUAAAAUAAACUGUCAAAAAUGGUUGUUGGAGAAAAAAGCGAUUCUGAAGAAACUGUUUUUAAUGAAUCUUAUAUAAUUAAAACUAAAACGCAUGAUGAUUUGGAGAUUGAAAUACAAACAGAGAGGGUUUUAAGUGUUAUAGAUGAAACCAUCACAAAAAUUAAAAUAGCUGCCCUCUUGGGGCUUUUAACCCACAAUAAUGGAGAAAUCCUCUCUAAAUAUCUCCAGCAGGAACAAGUCAACUACAUAGUAGGAGCAUGCGAAUUAUAUUUAGAUUCCCUUCCAAUGGAGAGCGAAAAUCGUUCCAUGGUUUCAACAACCGAUACAGUAUCAACAAAAUUACAAGAACGAUCUAUGUUGAUGAAAGAGAAAUAUGAUGUCCACUUAAUGAAAAGUAUUGAUAUAAUUUUUGCAAACCCCAAUUUAGUAAGUUUCUUGGAAACGUGGAAUAUUGAAUUAGAUCAAUUAUCAAUGACUUUACUGCAAGGGAUGGUUCAACUAAAAAUAGCAGCGAAAGAUAAGCUUUCAAAAUCAGCAUUAGAUGAAAAAGAAAAAGAGAAAAUAUUAAAGAACGCCUACAAAGAUAAUAUAGAGGCGAAAAGCUUAAUUGCGGGCCUCCAAGAGCGAUUAAACAAACAAACGGAUGAAUUAAGCACUCAAUUAGAUGUUAAAGAAAAUUUAAUUCGGAUGUAUACGGAAAAAAUCGAAGAUACAAAAAUAAAAUUAGCGGAAGAUAUUAAAAAAAGGGUAUCUACUUCUGAAAAAGAAAUGAUAAAGCACUCAAAAUUAAGCGAAGAACGAGAGAUGAAUUUAGCCGAGGAGGCGAAAGAAUCUACGUUGAGUUAUAACAAAACUUUAGAUCAACAUUUAGCAGCCGAAAAGCUGUUACGAGCAAAAAGAUUAAAGGUUGAAUCGCAACUGGGGAAUUGGUUGGAGAAAUACGACAAAGAAAUCGGUGAUCGGCAAGCUGAUUUAGAAAAGCUUCAAGGAGAAUAUGACGUUGAAAAAGCCGAAAUGGACGCACUCCAAGCAAAACUUGAUGAACAAGAAGAGGAAUACUUAGAAUUAAUGGCCGAGAAAAAAGAAUAUGACGAAGAUGUUUUUAAUAAAAAAUAUUACGCAUUUAUUAUUAACAGAUCCGCGAGAAUAAUUCAAAGAUGUUGGAAAGCAUAUAAAGAAAGGAAAAAAGCAAGAAAACUUGCGAAAAAAUCUAAAAAGAAGGCGAAAGUUGAAGCACCUCCCCCGGAGCCUGAACCUGAACCGGAAGUUGAUAUGUUUGGUGAUGAUGACGAUGAUGAGCCACCUCCACCCGCUCCGGAAGAACCCCAAGAAGAUACCGAAGGGAAAAAGAAAAAAGGUGGAAAGAAGGGAAAGAAAAAAGCGGGAAAAUCGGAAUCAGCAAUUGAAGCAGUGGGUGAAGCUGCUGAUUAAAAAAUUAUUUUAUUAUAUACAAUUUUUUUUAAUAAAUUUUACAGUAAUAUAUUAAAA